CGCGCCAUAAAGAAGAAGAAGAAGAAGAAGUCUCCCGUUAAAGUGUCAUUAAAGAGCUGCACAUUGAAGUUGGUGUAUUUGCUCCUGGUAGCAGCACAACUGCAAGGCUAAACAUGGCAGGAAAGAGAGCAUUAGUAAUCCUGUCUAAAGGUGCAGAGGAAAUGGAAACUGUCAUUCCUGUGGACAUCAUGCGAAGAGCUGGGAUUGCAGUGACGGUUGCAGGACUAACGGGCAAAGAGCCAGUCCAGUGCAGCAGAAACGUCGUCAUCUGUCCAGAUGCUAGCCUGGAGGAUGCCAGCAAACAGGGCCCUUAUGAUGUGGUGCUUCUGCCAGGAGGUAUGCCAGGGGCCAAGAAUCUGGCCGAGUCUCCUGCUGUGAAGGAGGUACUGAAGGAUCAAGAUGGCAGAAAAGGCCUGAUUGCAGCCAUCUGUGCAGGUCCCACUGCUCUACUAGCACAUGGCAUUGGCUAUGGCAGUACAGUCACUACGCAUCCUGCCAUGAAGGAGAAGAUGAUGGCUGGAGAUCACUAUAAAUAUUCAGAGGCCCGAGUACAGAAGGAUGGACAUUACAUCACCAGCCGUGGGCCAGGAACCAGUUUCGAGUUUGCCCUGACGAUUGUAGAGGAACUUAUGGGGGCUGAGGUUGCAGCUCAAGUCAAGGCUCCUCUUAUUAUGAAAGACUGAGUGUUAACUCACUCCUACAAGCAGCAUUGUCCACUAUACUAGUCUGGCAACACUGAGACAGCCCAUCCAGUGUAGCUGGCAUAGAGAGUCAAAGUCACUAGUGAGAAAUCAUUCUCCCCAAGGGACAUGAUGUUCCUGUUCUGACAGGUUAUUGUCUUUGCUUGUCUUUUUAGUUGGCAGUGAAAGGCAUCCUUGUGUCGUUUAGCACUGAGAUUGAAUUUGGAUAGUGACUGCACAGGUAUUUGAAAUAAAAUGAAAUAAUUUUGUUUCAUUGUGUUUUUUUUCCCACCAAUUGCUUGUUCAUGAUUUUGACAGCCUUUAUUGUCUCAAUUGUCAUUAAAACAUUCAUGUGACGACUCUG